AUGGCUUCGUUCCCAGAGACGGACUUCCAGAUCUGCCCGUUAUGCAAGGAGCUGUGCGGCUCCCCGGCCCCCGGCUCGUCCAGCUCGUCGUCGUCCUCCCAGACGUCCAACUGCUCGGGCGGCGGGGGCGGCGGCGGCUGCGGCUCGUCGUCGUCGUCGUCGUCGUCGUCGUCGUCGUCGCGGAGGCUGCACGUCCUGCCCUGCCUCCAUGCCUUCUGCCGCCAGUGCCUGGAGGCGCGGAGGCCCCCGGCGGCGGGCGGGGCGGCGGGCCCCGGGGAGCCCCUCAACCUGCGCUGCCCCAUCUGCGACCACAAAGUGGUGCUGGCCGAGUCGUCGGGCAUGGACGCGCUGCCCUCCUCCAACUUUCUCCUCAGCAACCUGCUGGACGUGGUGGGGGCGGCCGAGGAGCCGCCGACGCCGAAGAACAACGGGCGCGGAGGGGCGGGGGGCGCCAACAACCGCCACCACCACCACCACCAUCACCACCACCACCACCACAACAACGGGCGGCCGCCGCCUCCUCCUCCUCCUCCUCCUCCUCCCGCUCCCGCUCCCGCUCCCGCUCCGCCGGCGCCUCCGCAGCCGCCGCCGCCGGCGCCUCCUCAGCCGCCGCCGCCACCCCCUCCGCCGGCGCCGCCGCCCCACCGCGCCGCCUCGGCCCCGCCGCCCUCGUCGCGGCUGGUCCGCCGUCCGCACGGCCAGGCCGAGCCCCGCUGCAGCUCCUGCGACGAGGGCAACGCGGCCAGUUCGCGCUGCCUCGACUGCCAGGAGCACCUGUGCGACAACUGCGUCCGAGCCCACCAGCGCGUCCGCCUCACCAAGGACCACUACAUCGAGCGCUUCGCCGCCCCCGGGGCCGCCGCCGCCGCCGCCGCCGCCGCCAACAGCGCCGGGCCCCACCUCGCCCUGGCCCAGACCUUCCCCGCUUCGCCCUUCUCCAUCCUCUCCGUCUUCCCCGAGAGGCUCAGCUACUGCCAGCAGCACGACGACGAGGUGCUACAUUUCUACUGUGAUACGUGCUCUGUCCCUAUUUGCCGGGAAUGUACCAUGGGCCGCCAUGUGGGACACAGUUUUAUCUACCUCCAAGAUGCCCUCCAAGACUCUAGAACACUCACCAUUCAGCUCCUAGCAGACGCUCAACAGGGACGCCAGGCAAUUCAGCUGAGCAUUGAACAAGCCCAGGCUGUGGCAGAGCAGGUCGAAAUGAAGGCGAAGGUUGUACAAUCUGAAGUCAAAGCUGUCACAUCAAGACAUAAGAAGGCCCUGGAAGAAAGGGAAUGUGAACUCCUGUGGAAGGUGGAGAAGAUCCGCCAGGUGAAAGCCAAGUCGCUCUACCUGCAGGUGGAGAAGCUGCGGCAGAACCUCAACAAGCUGGACAGCACGAUCAACGCCGUCCAGCAGGUCCUGGAGGAGGGCCGCACCAUGGACAUCCUCCUGGCCCGGGACCGCAUGUUGGCCCAGGUGCAGGAGCUGAAGAACGUGCGCAGCCUGCUGCAGCCCCAGGAGGAUGACAGAGUCAUGUUCACCCCGCCGGACCAGGCCCUGUUCCUGGCCAUCAAGUCUCUGGGCUUUGUCAGCAGUGGGGCAUUUGCCCCCUUGACCAAGGCCACCGGGGAGGGCCUCAAGCGGGCCCUGCAGGGCAAGGUGGCGUCGUUUACGGUGAUGGGCUAUGACCACGACGGGGAGCCGCGCCUCUCAGGGGGCGACCUGAUGUCCGCCGUGGUGCUGGGGCCCGACGGCAACCUCUUCGGCGCCGAGGUGAGCGACCAACAGAACGGGACCUACUUGGUCAGUUACCGUCCCCAACUGGAGGGUGAGCACCUGGUCUCGGUAACGAUGUGCAACCAGCACAUCGAGAACAGCCCCUUCAAGGUGGUGGUCAAGUCUGGGCGCAGCUACGUGGGUGUCGGGCUGCCCGGGCUGUCCUUUGGGAGCGAGGGGGACAACGAUGGCAAGCUCUGCCGCCCGUGGGGGGUCAGCGUAGACAAAGAAGGCUACAUCAUCGUGGCCGACCGCAGCAACAACCGCAUCCAGGUGUUCAAGCCCUGCGGGGCCUUCCACCACAAGUUCGGCACCCUGGGCUCCCGGCCCGGCCAGUUUGACCGCCCGGCCGGGGUGGCCUGCGAUGCCUCCCGGAGGAUUGUUGUGGCCGACAAGGACAAUCACCGCAUCCAGAUCUUCACGUUCGACGGGCAGUUCCUCCUGAAGUUCGGGGAGAAGGGGACGAAGAACGGGCAGUUCAACUAUCCGUGGGACGUGGCGGUCAACCCCGAGGGCAAGAUCCUGGUCUCUGACACCCGGAAUCACCGCAUCCAGCUCUUUGGGCCUGACGGGGUUUUCCUGAACAAGUACGGCUUCGAGGGGGCCCUCUGGAAGCACUUUGAUUCCCCCCGGGGCGUGACCUUCAAUCACGAGGGCCACCUGGUCGUGACCGACUUCAACAACCACCGCCUGCUAGUCAUUCACCCCGAUUGCCAAUCGGCACGCUUCCUGGGCUCCGAAGGCACCGGCAACGGCCAGUUCCUGCGUCCGCAGGGAGUCGCGGUGGACCAGGAGGGGCGCAUCAUCGUAGCCGACUCGCGGAAUCACCGUGUGCAGAUCUUUGAGUCCAACGGCAGCUUCUUAUGCAAGUUUGGCACUCAGGGAGGUGGCUUUGGCCAGAUGGAUCGCCCGUCGGGCAUCGCCGUCACCCCUGAUGGCAUGAUCGUCGUGGUUGACUUCGGAAACAAUCGAAUCCUCAUCUUCUGAUUAGGAUCAUUUGGGUGAAUUUUGAUGUCGUCGUCGUUGUUUUUGCUUUGUUGGUUUUUUUUUUUUUUUUGGCGGGGGGGGUGGAUUUCAGAAAAGAAACUUUCUCAGGGAGAUUCUUUUUUAAGAGAACAAAAAAAAUACAACGUUGCUUAAGACCUACCUCAUCUUUAUUUUUUUACAGAUGAAUGUACUUAUUUCUUCUGCAGGGUUUGAACCUGUGAAGUUAUAAAUUCUAUCUACCUCAUAGUUUUUGGGUUCCCCCCCAUCCCAUCCUCUUCCCCACUCCCCAUCCUUCCCCCUUUUACCCGCUCCCCAAGCUGGGUGUCGUGCACAAGCAGAGUUUAGGAGUAGCUGUGUGCACUGAGGUUUUCUUUUUUUCUGUAUGAUGUGUUCUGUAGAGUAAGCCAAAGAAGGCGAUCUCAUUUCAAACAAACAAACAAAAGAUAGCGUUAGUCACCCAUAGGGAUUUUUGUGUUCUUGAUCAUACCGUGGUUUUGUGGGGGUUUUGUUGUGUGGUGUGUGUGUGGUUUGUUUUUUGUUUUUUUUUUUAAAAUGCUGCAGUGGAGAGCGUUUUCCUGUUCUCCUUUUAUACCUCGGUGUGCUUGACUUCCUGUUCAGUGGAGUUCCUUAUUCCCAGAAAAUGUUGGUCUGGGAGGGGUUUGCUAACUGCAGAAAAUGGGUCUUGCAGAUUGGGGUUCUUUUGUUUUGGGUGGGGAGGAGGGAUUUGGGGUGAUCAUUUGGCCAGUACAGUAGCAAUGCUCUGCCAAGUGGAGCCGAGAAGGCAACCCCCAGCCUUCUAAACACCCCUUUCGUUUUUGCGGCUUUAACCAAAAGGAAUAACCAGAUUGCUGUCUCUUAAGUGUUUUUUUCUAAAUUAAAAAAAAUGGGUGUGGAACAGGAAUCAUCAAACACUUGAGGGGGAAAUAAUUUGAAUGUUGGAGUUUAUUGUCCUGUGGUCAACCAGUAGUAUCAGUAGAAGAAACAAAGAGCUUUGUUAAGCAGGGGUUGGGGGGUCGGCUGGGUAGCUCAGUCACCUAGGAUGAAUGUUGUUUCUUGUGCAGUGACUACAGAUUCUCUUUUUCUAAGAACGGUGAUGGCUGUAGGUGUAAACUUUUAUUUUGAUUUUAAAGCACAAUUUUUACAGCUUCGGGAGAUCAGGGAACAAAAACAUUUUAAAGUCAAACCAUUCAUAACAGUUUGCCCAGGCUACACGAGUAGGAUCUUACUUAGAAAGUCACUUUAACAGUAUUGUGUGGGUUUUUUAUUUUGUUGUUAUUGAGGAAACCAAAACCAGAAUAUUUGAUGGUUAACAAGAUUUUUUAAUGCCUUUGAAUGUAAAGAGUAUUUCAUUCUAGGGAUAGAUGCUUUACUCAGAUUCCCCAGUUAUGAAAGACAGUGAAGUAGAGGAGUUAAUGCUCUGUUCAUUUAAUCCAAGGCAGCAGGAAAGAAUUGCAUUUACAGUGGGAGUUGAUGGCUCAAGUAAGUGGCUGCCCCAAUUCUGUACAGUGAGAUAUUCUUAUGGCUGCGUGCAGGGGUUUUCUAGUGACCUGAGACUUUGAGAUGGACUGUUAAGAAGGGAAGGUGCACAAGCAGAUGAUGCCAUGGAGGGCUAGAGGGUAGACACUUUCUCUACCGUCCACCCUCCUUCUCCCUCCCUGAUGAACUCGCAGACUUCUUCCUUGUUUGGAUAUGAUUCCCUCAGAGGUGAAUUGGAGUGAAUGUGGAAAUAGGGACCAUUACCAUUUUCAGUUGUACUCACCCAUCAGCUUCCGGCCUUGUGGUUCAGGGAGAAAACUUGCCCUCCAGCAAGACGGUUGGUAGUUCUAAUGAGCAAAGCAGAGGUGCGCUCACUUCAGAGGUGGCAUAGGGUGGUGGCUGCUGCUGCUUGUUCUAGUCUUUGCCUUCUCUUGCUUCGAUACCUGGAAAUAUGGUGCCUCUUCUCUCCCUCCCCCCGGCUUAAAGAGAAAAAUUCCAGGGAUCUCUCUUUCUGUACCUCUUGCCCUUUUCCUUCCUUUUCUCUCUCUCAUGCAAGACAUUCAGG